AUGAGCUGUGAUGUUGGUUUUAAAGGUAAAGAUGAAGUCCAAACCGAAGAUAUAUCCACCAGAAUAAUAACCUGUAGUGAAACAGGAAACUGGACGAAUUUACCAACCUGUAUAAGAAAAGAUUGUGGAAAUGUAAAUUAUUUAAACACCAUUAAUGCAUAUAUAAGACGUCAAAAGAAAAGUACAGAGUACGAGUCAACUGCUGAAAUAGAUUGUGAUGCAGGAUUUCAUAACAAGAAUAUCAUUCAAACAAGUGAAAUAUCAACAACAACUAUAACAUGCUCUGAUAGAGGAACUUGGAUUGGUAUACCUACAUGCAUCCCCAAAGAUUGUGGACAAUUACCUUCACUAUCAAAUGGUAAAAUCAGCUAUGUCUCAAACAUGACUACAUUUGCAUCUAAGGCAGUGUAUAUCUGCGACAAUGGCUAUCAAGUAAAUGGGUCUGACACUAUAGAAUGUAAGGAUACGGGGAAAUGGAGCGAUUAUACAACAUAUUGUCAAAUAAAAGAAUAA